AUGAACACCAUCGUGGCGAUUCAGCUGAAGCCCUCCGCGGAGCGCGCCGACGGCGAGAUGACGAACACCCCGACCGUCGGCGAGAUGACGGCCACCCCAACCCACGUGAAGAGCAUGACGCCCUGCCAGCGGACAGAGACGAUGCAGAUGUUCGCGUUCGAGGACCACUUGCUCGGGUGGCCGAGCGACCCCAGGUCCCCCGUGCUGCCGCUCUUCGGUGGCUGGGGCGCCAGGAUGGCCACCGUGCCGACGCCUGGUGCGGAUCUUCGGCAGCGCAGCCGCAAGACGACCCACGACAACGGCCGCCUGCUGGCGGACGCCGAGCACUCUGCCAGCAGCCCGAGCGGGAGCUCCACGCGUUUCGCCGUUGCCGCGUCGGAGGCCUCCCGCCAUUCGGCGGUCUCGAGGAUCUCCGAGACGUCCUUGGAGAACGAGUUGAGUUCGACCGAGCACCACUGGGUGGUGCAGGUCCUGGUGCCGCAGCCUGGCAAGCGCCUGCUCGUGGUGGCCUCGUCGGUUAGGGUGUUCAACUACACUGGCAGGCCGCUCUACCUAAACUAUGCGGGCAACGGCGUCCAGUUCGGCGGCUUCUCGGAGCAGCUCGUCGCCGCGGCCACCGCCCGGAUAGACCUGCUCGGCGCGGAACAGAGCAAGCUGGGCCUCUCCGCCGCCUCCGUGGCGGCGCUGCUGCAGGGCCCCCUGGAGGAGGAUCGCGGCCUCACGGGGACUCAGGCGUCUACGCCGGACGGCGACGACUUCUUGUGGCGCCUGCCGCCGCUGCACUUCGCGAGCCCUCCCGUGCCCCAGGACGCCGCUUUCAGGAUCUCCCUGACCAGCAGGAUCAGCCGCGGUGGCCAGUCCCAGACGAUCAACCCGGCGGAGCUGGCGAGGCGGUGCGAGAGCGGGGAGUGGAGGAGCGGUCCUGCCACAGCCCCGAGGGGGGCUGCCUGGUGCACUUCCGCGUGA